UUCUCUUUGAGCAUUGAGCGAUCGAUGAAAAAAAUAAACACGAAAAAAAAAUCAGAGACCCAGUAAUCACAGAGUACCUACUUUUUACAUAGUAAUAAAAAUUAAAAACCAAGAUAUCCACCUGAAUAGCUGCAAUCAAUUUAUUGAUAUUGUGAACUGUGUCAUGUUCUACAACUAAGCAAGUCAUAAACGUUCUACGUGAAAAUCCCAUGGGAUCAAUAACAAUUUUAUCUUACAGAACUCCCACAGUCAAACCAAGUGCGACUAUAAAAAGGAACGCUUCAAGAUGGAGCAACAAGCCAGCGGAUCUUUAAGUGAUACCGAUUAUUUCAUAGAACUUGAGAUUGGUCAUGAUGAUGACAAGGACCUUAUCAUACCCAAAGAGGAGAUAUCCAAUAGUAGUCUAUACUCAGACACUCCAGAAUUAGACCAACAAAUCAACAUGGAAACAGAAACUGCUGAUUUGCAAAAAGCGCAUAAGUCAUCUGAAGAUAGAAGAGCACAAGUUGAACAGGACCCUUUCCAGUUUGAAGUUAGUUUGGACAACAGCCAACUAUUCAAUGAUACACAGACUGUUACUCACUCAAACAGUAGCACUCCACAAGGUAGAAGGAAGAAAUCCAAAUGUUCAAAAACCACCAAAAUAAAUUUGAAAUCACUUCUCAAAAACAAAUUUGAAUGUAGCCAUUGUCAAUACUCUACUAAGUAUAAAGAUCACUUGAUACAACACUUACGUUCAAGACAUAGGAGUACUAAACUACAUUCUUGCAAAGUUUGUAGUUACAAAUGUGCCCGAAAAUAUACAUUAAUGUUGCAUAUGAAGACUCACACUGCUGAAAAUUCUUAUUCCUGCAAAUAUUGUGACUAUAAAUGUACAACCACAAGUGUUCUUAAGUUACACAUGAGGAUACACCCCGGAGAGAAACCUCAUAAUUGUGAUCAUUGUGACUAUAAAGGCUCAACAAAAGUUAAUCUAAAAUACCACAUGAGGACUCACACUGGUGAAAAACCUUAUUCCUGUGGAUAUUGUGACUAUAAAGGUGCGACUGCAAGUGCUCUUACGGUACACAUGAGGAUUCAUACUGGAGAGAAACCUCAUAAUUGUGAACAUUGUGACUAUAAAGGUACGACCACAAGUGCUCUUAAGGUACACAUGAGGACUCACACAGGAGAGAAGCCUCAUAAUUGUGAACAUUGUGACUAUAGAGGUUCAACCUCGACUGCUCUUAAGGUACACAUGAUGACUCAUACUGGAGAGAAACCUCAUAAAUGUAAGCAAUGUGACUAUAAAUGUUCAACUACAAGUGCUCUUAAGGUACACAUGACAACUCAUACUGGAGAGAAACCUCAUAAUUGUGAGCAGUGUGACUACAGAGGUUCAACCACAAGUGCUCUCAAGGUACACAUGAGGAUUCACACUGGAGAGAAGCCUCAUAAUUGUAAGCAUUGUGAUUAUAAAUGUUCCACCACAAGUGCUCUUAAGGUACACAUGAGGACUCACACUAGCGAGAAAACACAUAACUGACUAUAAAUAUUUAACCACAAUUGGUCUUUAGGUUCAUAUGAGUGCGACCAAAUUGGUACAAUUUGAUUCUUAGGGGUGUGAUUGACUGCUCUGAGCUGCACAACAAGCUCUGCUCCGUUUAUGCACCCACUGAUUACAGCUACCUCCGCCGCCGCCGCAAGUUUUUCGUGAGUCCGUUUAGUCGCACGGUAGCGAGCGCCAGGUCUCCCAUACCGCGCACUUUGGCAACGCUGAACGCGCUGCUGAAGGAGUCCCCUCGCUGUGACAUAUUUGCUGACAAAUAGGCUGACCUCAUAGGUUAGAUCCUGCACUUUUGUGAAAAUU